CUAAAAACAAUAAACAUGGCAUCUAAUAGACAGCGACGGCUUAUAACGAAACUCUAUAUAGCCUCAGCAUUAUUGAUUCUAGCAGGAAUAGGUGUCCUGAUCGGAGGAAUUUUAGGAGGCCUAUCACUAGGGAACAAGCUUGAAAGACUAGGAAGAGAACUGGCUGUUUUAGAGCAUGAUAAUAUCGAUGACUGGGGUGACAUACCAGGCAGAAGGGAAAGAGAACUUAAUCAUCAGUUCCAUGUGUUUAAUAUUACUAAUCCAAGAGAGGUGUUUUAUGGACAACAACCGAUAAGUCAAAUGCAUGGUCCUUGGACGUUUAAUGAAGAAAGAGAUACAGAGACUGUUGAGGUAUCUAGAGCAACAGAUGUUUUUAAUGAAACAGGAGAACUAUUCUCGUACGAUGAAGCAGUCAAGUUCUAUCAUACUCGUAGUCCUCAAGGUAUGUCUGAUGAAAUGUCUGAGACCUUCAGCGUUUACAAUCCUGAUACUUUUACAAUGCAAUACAGUCACAGAGUGGAAGAUGAUUGGCUUAGAGCCAUUAGAUCUUUGAGUGGUAUGAUAAACUAUACCUCAACUCAAUUCAGAGAUACUCUGAUUUUGCAAUAUAUGAGGAAACACUAUUUCCCAGAUCAUUACUCCAGCAAACAGGUUUUUACAGAUACUAGGCUGGUGGCAUUUGUAAAUCACCCUAGAGUUCCCAGAGCGACAAUUGACAGCUUAUGGUCGGAUGAGAUUUUCGGAUUUUCCAACUUUGAAAAUGCGAAGUUCUGGGGAGAUAUCUGAGAACAACGACUUAGGUUUGGAAAAACAUUUAUUAAAGAUUAUUUCUUCCUUCCUACUGAUGGGCUUGCCAGCUUCAUGGAACUCUUCUGUCGAGAUUGGAAUUCAGCUGCACAUGCAGUUGAAGCUGCCUUUAGAAUGAGAGGAAUCAUCUCACCAGAGAUAAUGUUCUAUCGCCAAUGGUCCAACAGAGGAGCUACUGAUAGAAUUUAUAAAAGGCCAUUGUCUAUUUCUGACGUAGAUCCUCUAGUUCCAGGAUAUGUCGAUCUCCCAGGCUUUUUAGAAGAUGUUUUCUUUACUAAUAUGGGUAUUAGAGGGCAAUUCGAGGAUGUCCACUUUGCUGGGAGCGUCUCCUUAGAAACUAGACUUUUAAAAUUAUUUACUCAGGAGGAUCUUCGAGUCUCACUUUUCAACGCUACCAAUAUGAAAACAUUAUUUGAGCUCUCAGCUCUUGUCAAUGUAGAUAAUUUUACAGGACAGUAUGAAGUGUUUAGACUACAACCACUAGUAGAUGAGAUGAAUGGCCAAGUAUCCACAAAGGAGCUUUUUGUAGUGUAUUCAUUUCUGAGAAACUUAAUAGAGAACACUUUCUUGCAGUCAAAUACUCCUCAGAAUAGUACUUUCGAUAAAACUAUGAUGGCGUUUACCCUAACAGAUGUUAUCAAGAAUGAGUUCACAAGAUUUAGAGCUAACUUUACCAGUCGAAUGAUUGCUGCUGGAGCUAUCAGAUUCCUUCAACUUGACGAUUGUAGAACCUCUUUUGUUCGACUAUUCCCAAGAGAAAGAGCCUCAACAUUUUGUAACAUUCCUAAAUUUGAUAUUACCACUAUGGAAGGGGCAAGGUUUUGGUGGAGACUUUACAUCGGAAGGAGACCUCAAGACAUAGCUCUUUUGGAAAGUGAAACACCUGCUACUUUAGCAGACUUUGAGAAAUACUUUGAUGAUGACUACAGUGAUUUUACCCUCUUUACACAAUCAAUGCUUGAUGGAAUAGGAAUGAGAUUACUCAACACAAUUUGUCGAAAGGAGGGUGACCUCUGGUGAUCUAUCCAAGAGAUUUCAUUCCAUCAGAUGAUGUCAGGAAUUAUAACACUAAAUCCUCCACCAAUCCUGCGAGGAAUGGUUGCUGCUGAUAACUUCGUGACUUUCUUUGGGUUGGAGGACACCCAACUGAUCUCACCUGAAUUUAAUUUCCUUGGAAAAUUCCAAGAUUUUGAACUUGACCCAGAAGUAGACGUAACCUAUAGACACGUAAUUCAAGGAAUGAGAGACUCUAGGCUUUUUAACCCCUUCUUUAUCUUAAAGAUCUUGAACGAUCAAUGCUCAGAAGUUGAAAGAUUUUGUACUGAAAAUUUCAGAAUUUGGUUAACCUUCCUGUACAGAAACAGAGGGCUACCACCUCUCAUUAGAAGAUUGACAGUAAAAGAGAUUCUGAAUGGGACUUAUAGUCCUCAUCUGUUUGAUAUACAAAGGAAGAAUCCUCAGUAUGGAGGAGAUCCCACUAUCAGAACUGACUUUAACGUGCUUCCUCACAAUGGUGUUCCAGAAACAACAUUAAGAAUGAAUGUGUUCUCUGGAGAUGUCAAUCCAGACAGAGCAAGGAACCUUUUAAAAUUCGACAGUGAAAAGGAGUAUAUUACAGCAGAGCGCACUUUCUACCACGUUGAUAGAAAUCCUCUGCGCACUGGGGUUAAGGAGUUUGAAAUAAAUCCCUGGACACAAGAAGUUUGGUUCGCUGGAGGUACAGAUGGAUUCCAGUUUAAUCCUGAUAUGACCAGAAGGGACGACCUAAUCUUCUAUGCUGAUUACUUCAAAGCCAUGAUUAAGGUUGAUUUCCAGAGCGUAAUCAAUGCUUUUGGCUUAAAGGCAUUUAUUUUUGAAACUCCAAUAUCUAUCUACCAAAGAAUCACUGAAGGAGAAAUAGGAGGAAUUACUCUUGACGGUCAAAACCCUUAUCAUAACUUCCAUUUCUAUGAUAUGUUCAAUGCUUCUGCAGUCUUUAGGUCUUCAUACUUUGUCACAGAGCCCAUGUUCAGUAGAUUAGGAGGAGCUAAUGUCAGAGAAAUUAGUUCAGAGAUCAUCGACAGGAAUGGAGAUUCAAUCACUGGCCAAGUUCAUUGGAAUGAUCGAAUCCUCUGUGAGCCAUGGUCUGGAUUGAUCAUCAGAGGAGAUACUGGAUUCCAGAUGAAUUUCUUCUACGAUAGCUACACUCCAGAAGAAUACCAUCAGUACUUAAUGCCUUAUGUACUUUAUAACAAAAGACUAGAUAUUGAUGGAGCCUUGGCAAGAGAUUUAUUCCAUGAUAUCACUAUUAUUGAUGAAAGAAUGAGACUAGUGUUCAUCCUCUCAAUGAUCAUUGGAGGUAUUCUUGCCUCAUCAGGAGGUUCUCUCCUUGCACUUACAAUCUUCAGAAAUCGUCAGAGGUCAAAGAUAUUGAAGGAAAUUAGAGAGGAAGAAAGUGAGAGAAAGAGGCUUAAAAUGCAAAAUAGAAUGAACGGUAACCAAUCCAGAGAUACAGGAGCUGAUACUAGAAUUAAUGGGUCUCUGUUGCAAGAGUAAUUUGAUCUUAACACAUUGCCGUACAAGUAUC